AUGCCUCCUAAAUCGUCUUCGCGGGCGUGGGAUGCCCUUACUCCCCCGCUCUCCAAAUGGACCCUUGACGCUGUGAGCUCAAUGGGCUUCACGCGCAUGACCCCAGUCCAAGCCUCGGCCAUCCCUCUGUUUAUGCAGCACAAGGAUGUGGUGGUGGAAGCUGUUACCGGAAGUGGAAAGACAUUGUCGUUUUUGAUCCCAAUUGUUGAAAAGCUGCUUCGCCUUGAUGAGCCCCUCAAGAAGCACCAUGUUGGAGCAAUCAUUAUUUCUCCCACUAGGGAAUUGGCCUCGCAAAUCCAUCAAGUCCUUCUUUCCCUCUUGGAAUUCCACCCCGACUCAGCAGCAGCCAUCAAGCCCGCCGAAGAGGGUGCUCCUCGUCAGAAAUCUUCGACAAUGAAAGUCGUCCCGCAGCUUCUGUUGGGCGGUGGAACAUCGCCCGCGGAGGAUCUGAAAUUGUUCCUCAAGAAUUCGCCAAACGUGCUUGUUGGUACUCCUGGAAGAUUGCUAGAGCUUCUUUCGUCACCUCAUGUCCACUGCCCCCAGUCAACCUUCGAGAUGCUUGUGCUGGAUGAGGCCGACCGACUGUUGGAUCUUGGAUUCAAGGAAGAUCUACAGAAGAUCUUGCGCCGUCUGCCCAAGCAGCGCAGAACGGGAUUGUUCAGUGCUAGUAUCAGCGAGGCUGUUGAUCAGAUCGUUCGUCUUGGUCUACGAAACCCCGUCAAAAUUGCUGUCAAAGUCAAGGGAGCUGGUGUCGAAGAAAAGCGCACUCCAGCAAGUCUGCAGAUGACUUAUCUGACCACACCUCCGCUCCACAAAUAUGCCAUUUUAAAGCACAUUCUUUCUUCGGUUCAGCCUACGCCCCAAAAAACGAUAUUCUUCGUGUCGACAUGCUCCAGUGUUGACUACCUCGCCACAAUACUACCUAUAAUAUUAGGAAAUGACUUCGUGUUGGUACCACUCCACGGAAAGCAUCAAGCCAAUGUCCGCCAAAAGAACUUCACUAAGUUCACCACCUCCACUACCCCUUCCAUCCUCCUUACUACCGAUGUCGCCGCUCGCGGUCUAGACAUUCCCUCCGUCGACCUGGUGGUACAGAUCGACCCACCCUCAGACCCCAAAACUUUCAUUCACAGGUGCGGUCGUGCCGGCCGUGCAGGCCGCAGGGGUCUCAGUAUCGUCCUCAUCCAACCUGGCCGCGAGGAAGACUACGUCUCAUUUUUGGAAAUCCGCAAAACUCCCGUCGCACCAUUCCACCUUACCGAGCUCUCCGACGAAGAGGCUAUGGCCUCCAUAGACAAGGUCCGCCGGGCUGUGAUGAAAGACCGCGCCAUGCACGACAAGGGCCAGAAGGCAUUUGUCAGCUGGCUGCGCAGCUACAGUAAGCACCAGGCAAGCAGCAUCUUCCGAGUCCAGGAUCUGGACUGGGAAGCUCUGGGCAAGGCAUGGGGUCUCCUCAAGCUGCCCAAGAUGCCCGAGGCGCGUUCAUUCGAGGGCGAUAAGACAUUGGGCAUCAAGAUGGAUUGGCCGAACUAUACGUACAAGGAUAAGCAGCAAGAAAAGCGGCGCAAGGAGGCUAUGGCCGAGGCUGCCAACGGCAUGGGUGCCGAGCAGGGGACCAAACGUCGGGCUACGGAAAGUGUGGCUUGGAGUCAGAAGACCGAGGACCGAGAGCAAAGGCUCAAGAAGAAGGAGUUCAAGAAGGCUCGUAAGGAGAAGGACCGAUGGGACAGUCUGCCGGAGGACCAAAAGCAGAAGGCUCUGGAGACUGAGCGCAUGCUGGAGGAGGUUCGUGCAAAGAAUGAAGAGCAGCGGUUGUUAAGACUGGCUGCCAAGGCGGAGGAGGCUGCAGGUGGUGUGAAGGGUGAUGAGUUCAAGGGCUUUGAUUAA